UAUAAAUCAAAAAGUACGUGUAGCAAAUUCCUUGUACUAUUUAAUACUUUCUUUGUGUUUUACCCUCUGUUGCUUAGAAAGCCACGUCUUGCCGUGUGGAAAACUGACUAAAGAAGCACGAAUGUAGCUUGCACCACUCCCAAUUGCUAGGAAAAGCUAGAGGAUCUCAUAAAGAGCCAGUCCGGGUCGUUAAUGAUCGCAAGUUUGCAAAUGUGAUCCCAAAGUAUAAUGGUGCUCUUUCACUUCCGAAAAAGAGGCUUCUUCUCAUCAGUCAUUGACUGCAUCUUUGCAAUCCUUUUCCCCAGGGAUGCUUGUCCCCUGACAGACGACAGCUUGAAGAGCAUUUACAAAACUAGGUUUACUCCUCCGCCUGUGCGUUACCUCAAAAGUGCCGAUAUUUUCCGAACGAGAUUUACUGCCCCAGAUCCGAAGUCCGAAGCGACCCCAGCAAGCGGCCUCUUUGAGACCAGUUUUAUACCGACGUCGUGCGUCAGUGAUACAUUUUCUACCGGAUUCUACCCAAACGGCUUGGGGAUGCCGUACCGACGCCUAGCGCAGGACUGUCGUAAGAAGGAGUACGCACAGGGAUAUACGCCCUUCUUCAACGCAGUCAGUCCGUCUGACGGGGCGUUCUGUUCUCCUGGAAUCGUGCAGACAUUCAAAAACUGGUACGGCAGUGGUGCAGCGCCACCGGCGCCCAUCGUCGAGGAGCCGGACGACAUCGACUGUAGCUGCAGCACGGGCUCGCUGCUGGCCAAGGCGACGGCGCUGCAGCGAAAGCUCAUGUGCUCGCCCAUCGCGCGAGCCCUGCUGGCGUUGGCCGCGUUGCGCGGCGUACUCUACAUGCUGGGCAUCAAGGUCUGCUUCGUCAAGAUCGUCUGAGCCCGGGCGAGCUUUGCCGAGAGGCAAAGGCGGCUGUCCUGAUUUGCUUCGCGACGACGAACGCGAUGCGGCGUGAACCGGCGGUGAGCGACCGCAGCUCCGGCAGGUGACGCGCAGGUGCAAGGUGCUGCGAUGCAGCUCAUAGAGUCAGGGUGGAGAAAUGCUGAGAAACGUUUUUGAUACGUUUGUGCCGUUGUGUUUUAAAAUGUCAGAUAAUUUGUGCCUCGAAAUUCGAAAUGUGGUAAAGGAAGAUCUUGUGUGUUAAAUGUGAUCGGGGUCUAUCCUGUUCAAGGAAGGAUGACUUUCACACGUCAGCCGGAUACCUGUGAAUCGGUUCUCGCAAUAUCAAACAUUAUGUAACUGGGAAACCACUUGUCAUCCAAAGGAUACAAACUGUGACAAGCUGUCACACAAACUGUGGCUGGGAUGGCUUGUAGUUCACAGGCCACCUCUCAUUCACCUCCUCUGCUCCUGUAGCCACCGCCUCCGCCUCCACCGCCGCCAUGACCACCACCUCCUCUGCUGCUGUAAUCACUGCCUGCGGUUCCACCGUUAUUGUAGCCACCGCCUUGCACAUUGCCACCACUGUAGCCUCCUCGUCGUCCUCCUGAGAAGCCGCCUUUGCCGCUGCCUCCGUCGGCCAAACAGAGGCCAAUCAACAGGAUAAAUACAUGCAACCGGUAACUAGGCAAGA